UGAUCGAUCAGUGUUGGCUGGAUUAACCGGCGAUGAGUUCCCCCAGUUGGCUUGGCACUCCCAAGUGGAUGCAGAUUCCGUACGAGGAUAAGCGCAUCCUGUCGUACCUGGUCGGGACGCUGACGACCAUUUUCGGGACGGUUCUGUACGCCCUGCUGGUGACGCAAAAGUUGGACGACUUUGACGACGGGAUUUGUGCGUCGUUUUCGUACGUGAACAACUUGGAAAUUCCACUGCUGGCGGUGGUUUUGCUAGUGUAUUACGUCGUCACCGGCGUGUUCCUGUGGGGAGUGUGGAAGGAAAGUCCUCGCCUCAUCUUACCAUUCUUCUGCCUUCUGGUGGCCACGCUGGGCUUCAUCGGUCAUGCCCACAUUGAACGGAUGCUGUUUGAAGUCAACCAAGACGAGCGAAGGCUGGUGAUUGGCGCAUUUGUCUUCACCACUGGGGUACUGAUUUUUGCUAGCACAAUCACACUGCUGCUUUACAGAGAGAUGCACCAGAUCACAGAACGAUUCGACAAGACCGAAUAUCAGGAGCUGUCGACUGCUGAAAUUGUUGAUAGACAUUGACGUUGGUGUAACCCAAAGCUUGCAAUUAUCUCAGUCUUUAAAUAAUUGAAUCAAAAUACACGUUGACAGUGAAAUGAACAUAACCUCAAAAUUUUAAUCGAUUUUCAAGGGUAAAAUAUUUCGUACAUUUUUCGUUCGACUCAACACAUUGCCAAAUGGCUGGAACCUGCCUCAAUGCCAGUGCCAAAGUUUAUCACCUUAUUAGUGGUUAAUAAAGUAAGCAAAAAGCCGAAACGCACCUUAA